GUACCUAUGCCGUGCAUGCAAUUUGUGUCCUGUUUCUGUUCUUUCUUUUGUAAUUGUUUUAUUCCUCACAUGAAGUCAUGCCUGGUUUUAUGUUUGUGGCUGAUUCCUCUGCUUACCAGGUCAACAGUUGGAGAAACACCGCAGAGAAAAUAUGCAUGGGAAGACAUGUUUGUUGCAGCAUGCAAGAAGCCCCCAGUGUUCUGCUUCAUCACCGAGUGUUUGGCAGGGGGGUCUCUGAGACAGUAUGUCCACAGACAGAGCCUCAUUCUCUUCCACUAGAUCUGGUUUUGAUAUUGGCACUUGAUAUUGCACAUGGGAUGCAUUAUCUUCAUUCUCAGGGAAUUCUUCAUAGGGACCUCAAAUCAGAAAAUCUACUUCUUGGGGAAGAUAUGUGUGUGAAAGUAGUGGAUUUUGGAAUCUCAUGCUUAGAAUCUCAGUGUGGCAGUAGAGAAGGAAUCAUGGGCACUUACCGAUGGAUGGCACCAGAAAUGAUUAAAGAAAAACAUCAUACUAGGAAAGUUGAUGUGUACAGGUUUGACAUAGUCCUUUGGGAGCUCUUAAGUACAUUGAUACCAUUCCAUGACAUGACUCCAGAACAGGCUGCUUUUGCCGUCUCCCAGAAGAUGUUGGUAGUGGGAGGAAUGCUAAUACUGGAAAGGAUAAUGGGGUCAAUCAAAGCACCGACAGAGGCCUUACAUCCACUUCUUCACCAGUUUUGCAGGACACAGAAAAUAAGGCAACCAUUCCAACCAUGAGGGAUCUUGCUCAGAAUCAGCUUACUGGUGACAUUCCGAGGCUGAUUUACUGGAAUGAAGUAUUACAGUAUCUGUUAGUACUUCCUCCACUCUAUGGACUCCAUGUAAAUCACAAUUUAUAAGUCUAUCUCAAAUUAGUUCUAGUUCAUCUAGUAAUUUGGUAUGUUUUGGAGUCGCCCAUUAUUGUGACCACACUAUGGGUUGUGUUAUGUAAUGCGAUGGCAACUUUGAUUCUUGUUAUGUAAGAUGGACAUAAGAUAAACAAUAGUUGUUAGCCAAAAUCAGGCUAUUGUUUCCUCAAUAACUGCUUCCAUGUAAUGUAAUUACAUCCAUUGCAUACACUGGAUGUUUUGUUUCUUCAUCUGGUGGCAUUAUGUCAUCCAAUGUAACACUAUUCCAAUGAAAAACAGCCGUUAUUUUG